AUGUUGCGAGCUGGCCGCCAAUCCUUCUCCUCGACUUCGUCGUCGUCGUCGUCUUCCUCUUCCUCUUCAAGCAUCUUGCCGAACUAUGGUGGAUCUUCUACAUCUUCCACUUGCUAUGUUGGAUACGGAAACAGCAAUUAUGGUAGCAAUGCUUCCUCCUAUCCCUCCAGUUAUGCUUCCUCCUCCAGUCGCCCCUACGGCAAGCGACGACCCUCCUACUCUGCCAAUGACUCCUUCCUCCCUUCUGCCAUCCGAAACUCCACAUCCUGGCUUGCUCUUGGCUUGGCCUUCUUCAUCCUCCUUUCAGGCUAUUAUCAAUCCAAGUUCCAAUUUGUGCUUCGUGAAAUUGGAGCCGACUCCAUGGAUCAAGUGGUGCAGAUGUACCGCGACCUCUACUCUCAAAGGUCCACCAGCCGAAGAGGCCACAGUGAAAUGGACGAGAGAUACUCCAUACUGGAGCGCUUGAACGCAAAGCUUCACAAAGAAAAGGAGGACUUGCGAAGCUCCUAUGAAAAGAAAAUCAUGAAAGAAUUCUCCAACCGUCGUCUAGAGGAAGAUCGAAUGGUUGCCAGAGAAGAAGCAUUCAAGUCGCAGAUCCAAAAGCUCCAAGAAUCUGCCACCCGCGAAGCCCAGAGAUCCGUUUCUGAAAAGUUUGGAAAGGGAGCUCACUAUGUCGAAUUCACUUUUGUACUCCCAUCUGAUGCCAAUGAGACCGAGCAUCACUUUAUUGUCGAAACUGCUCCUGUGGAGGUCAUGCCACAUGCCGUCCAACUCUUCCUGGAACAAGUCAUUCACAAACUCUGGGACAAUUCUUGGUUCUACAUUAACGGACCCCACGUCUUGCAGGCUGGACCCAUGCUUGAGGAAGAUGACACCAUUGAGGAAGAUACAUUCGAGGCUGAUCGCAAGGCUGCAUUGAAACCAUUUGUCGACGCUGGACUUGAUUCACUCGCAUUCCCCGAAUAUUCCCAUCAGUUCCCUCACGAGAAGUGGACUCUAGGGUUCACCGGAAGACCUGGCGGUCCUGAUUGGUAUAUCAACAAGCAAAACAAUACCGUCAUGCAUGGACCUGGUGGCCAGUACCACCAUGACAUUGAAGAACAGGCUGACCCUUGCUUUGCUAGGGUGGUUGAAGGUUUUGAUAUCGUGGAAAGGAUCUUUGACGAGGCUACCAUUGAGGAAGGAGACGAUUGGGAAUACUUCUUCUGGGAUCCUAUCCACAUUGUCAAGGCAACCAUCAUUGAGAAGCCCCGUCACCUCGAAGAAACAUUCCAACCAAAACAGAACAAUACUCUCCUCAACAGGCACACCAUGAAUCACCAUCACAUUGAUUUCCACAAGUUCCCCAAAAUCGAACACAGCAAAGCAUGA